UUGAUUGAAGUUUUCCAAGAUAACGAAAUCACCAUUGAAAUUCUGCCAAAAUUAACAGAUAGUUACAUCAAGGAAUUGAUUCCGAAUAUUGGAAUGCGUGUCAGAUUUAUGGAGAAUUUUGAAAAAUAUUUCGGAAACGCAGAACCUUCUUUUUAUCAGAAUAAUACUCUGGAUAAUAUUGAUAUAAGUUUUUCUGAUAUAUUAUCGGAGUCUAACAGUACAGCAUCAGUUUCAACGAACAUAUCUUCAGAAGUGUUAAUUCCGAUUGAGAAUAGAGAAAUAUCCCUUCAUUCUCGGGAGCAGUUGGAUUCAUAUAGAAUAGUUUUCCCAGAGUUUGAUCUCAGAACAUUAUUAAUAACGUCUCCGUUAGGGAAUAGUGUCUUAACUUUUUAUGAUGCAAAUAAAAUUCUGGACAACACUAGGAGAAACAGAAUGGUUGAUAUUAUAAUGAAGCAUAUGUUCAAAUACCAUGUCACCCAGUAA